AUGCCGAUACUAUCAGAUACUGUGGAAGGUGCUAAAGUAUUAACACAUCUACCUGGAACUGGAAGACAGAAGCCUCUUACAGUAUAUAUUUGUCCUCAAUGUGAUUAUUCUACAUAUUAUCCUUCUCUUUUGAAAAACCACACAUUAACUCAUAGCGGGGAACGUCCUCAUAAGUGUUCGGUAUGUAGAAAAUCUUUCAGCUUAAAGGGCAAUUUAAAGAAGCACAUGUUGAUUCACUUCAAACUUCCUAAUAAUGAACAUUUGAGCACAGAAUUGAAACCUGCAAUAUAUUCAACUUUUACCGUUACCAAGCGCCACAAAACUGUUAACAUUUGCUCAGAAUGUGACUAUUCAACACAUGACAGUAGUAACUUUCGAAAACAUGUUCGUAUUCAUUCUGGUUUUGAAAUGUUAUCAACACAUGUUCUGUUUGAUCUAGGAAACAAGCGAAAACAAUUCAAAGUGCAUUAUUGUUCCCAAUGUAACUAUUCAUCUCGUUAUUCAACACAUCUAAAAGAGCACAUGAUGACUCACACUGGAGAACGUCCAUUUGAAUGUCACAUUUGUGGGAAAGGAUUUUCCCAAAAGCGGCAAAUGAUUAGACACUGGAGAAAAGCUCAGUUUUUUCAAGCAAGGGAAGACCCUCAGUUCAAUGUUCUGCGUGUGCAACAUGACUGUCCAGUGUGUGACUAUUCUACUAGAAACAAAACUCACUUUAAAAAUCAUAUGCGAACUCAUUCUGGAGAAAGACCAUAUAAUUGCCAAAUAUGUGGUUGUGAUAUGGUAUCGACAAAUGUAUGUGUUCAAGGAACCAGGCAGCUGCAAAUGAAAAUUCAUUUUUGUACUCAAUGUAACUAUUCAACUUCUUAUAAAAGUCACAUGAGAGAGCAUAUGACGACUCAUACUGGUGAACGUCCUUUUGAAUAUAAUCAAAAUGUGAUUAUGUCAAGUGGUUUUUCAGAGAUGAAGCAGCAAUUAGAUUCUAUUUAUUCUUGUCCCCAUUGUUCUUACAUAACCAAAUAUAAACACAACUACAAAAACCAUUUAAAUAUCCAUGCAAACCAAAAACCUUUCCAAUGUUCUGUAUGUGGCAAACGAUGUUUUCAAACUUUGACUGCCAGAUAUCCAACUCUUCGACCACCGCCUUUACAAGUUUGCCAGUUUUGUUCUUAUUCCACGCCUGAUAGAAGUAAUUUUAGGAGACACUUGGUGAUACACACUCAUGAUCGUCCAUUUGAGUGUCCUGUCUGUGGCAAACGCUGUAUGUUGGUUUGUCAUAUAUUUGUACCAAGUUUCUUUAUUAUAGGUUUUCAAAGUACCAUCACAAGAAGUUCAUCUAAGUCCUCACUUCUGCGUACACCUUUACAAAUUUGCCCAUAUUGUUCAUAUUCCACGACUGAUCGAAGUAAUUUUAAGAGACAUUUAGUGACACAUACUGACGAGCGCCCAUUUCAGUGUCCUUUGUGUGACAAACGAUGCAAAUUAAAACAAAAUUUAAAAAAACAUAUGCAAGUGCCUGUAAAAUACGUGGUCGACCUUCAAAACCGAACCCUACAAUUCACAUGUGCUUUUAUUGUGAUUAUAAAACAAGACAAGCUACUCAUUUUAAAGAUCAUAUGCUGACUCAUACAGGAGAGCGACC